CCAAGAAAACGAGUAACGUCUUCAGCAAACAACAGCACCGAAACCCAAUCCAGCGCGACGAACGGGAAAACUCCGCUUCAGAACAAGCCCAGGAAGAGGAGAAAAGCUCUACUACGACGCUCGCGAUACGGCAAAAACCACACCGUCGUGUCUUAAAAGCUCUCUCUCCUUUCUCUCAUGAUUAGAAAUCACGGCAUCUACUCCGUCUCUCCUCGUAUUUCUCCUCUCUUCUUCUCUUCUUAUUCCUCUCAUCACCUCCUCUCGAGAUCGUUUCUAGGGUUUUUCUCUCCUUCUCUUCUCUCCAUGUGAAGGGGAAGAUGUCUUCGUCGUCUUCUUCCUCCAAGAUCUGCUUCAAUCCCGACUGCAAAGAGGCGAAAUCAGAUCCUUCUAGAAAGGGAUGGCGUCUCCGCGUUGGCGAUUUCGCUGAGCUCUGUGAUCGAUGCGGUUCUGCAUAUGAGGAAGUGAGGUUCUGUGAAACUUUUCAUUCGGAUGCUGCUGGUUGGAGGAAUUGUGAGUCAUGUGGGAAGAAGGUGCACUGUGGAUGUAUUGCUUCCGUGCAUGCAUUCAUACUUUUGGAUGCUGGAGGAAUUGAGUGCAUGGCGUGUGCGAGGAAACCUUACAUUGCGGCAUCAAACCAAAUAUGGCCCCCUUCUUUGUUUCCUCCUCCACCUCUGCCUGACAGGCUGAAAGAUCUCUCUGUUAAAAGCAGGAAUCAGAUGACUGGACCCAGUUCAGUUCCUGGACAGUGGUGGCAAGCGACGAAUUUAUGGAAUACUGCUCAUAGUCAGUCUGAAUUGCGCCCACGGAUGCCAUGUGAUGUCGACAGACCAAAUAAUGUUGACAAACUGAUUUCCAGCGAGCGCCCUUCUCCCUCUGCCCAGGAGAAGAAAGUCAAAGAUUCAUAUGAAAGGAUACCAUCCACUGGCCUAAAGCUUGCUGCACUUGACAGCCUUCUUAAUGGGAAUGUCAGUGCUGAUGCAUUGACUGCAUUUAGUACAUUCCGCAAAGAAGAAAGGAAAGUAGAUGGCUUGCCAGAUGACAUCCACAUCACAGUUGAUGAUCCUGCAGAUACAAAAAAAAGAGUGAUUGCUGCUGAACCUGGCUUGACCAGUUCCGUUGCUGGAAUGAACUUUGAGACACAUUCAAGUUCAUGUGUAAACAUUUCACUGUCUUCGUCUAAACUGAAGGAUGAGCCAUCAACUCCCCUUUUUGGUUUGGGUGUAUCUUUGUCGUCACCAAAUGAGACAAAUGACCCAGCUAAGGUUUCUGGAACUCUUUCACAGCGACAAACACCUCCACCUCCACCGGCAAAGCAAUUCUUUGCUAACUCUCAGAAUGGAGGAGACUCUUCUGGGGAAUUACAAACUCAUAUACGCAAUGGAAGGCCUCGAGGGGAGGGUCAGAGAAGAACUCACUUACUUCCACGAUACUGGCCGAGGAUCACUGAUCAAGAGCUACAACAAAUUUCUGGAGACUCAAAUUCUGUUAUCACUCCUUUGUUUGAGAAGAUGUUGAGUGCUAGUGAUGCAGGUCGGAUAGGCCGCUUGGUACUGCCCAAAAAGUGUGCAGAGGCAUACUUUCCUACAAUUUCUCAGCCUGAAGGACUGCCUCUAAAAGUUCAGGAUGCAAGAGGCAAAGAUUGGGUAUUUCAAUUCCGUUUUUGGCCUAAUAAUAACAGCAGGAUGUAUGUACUGGAGGGGGUUACCCCUUGCAUUCAGUCGAUGCAAUUGCAAGCAGGUGACACAGUAACCUUCAGUCGGAUAGAUCCAGAGGGAAAGUUAGUCAUGGGAUUCAGAAAGGCUUCAAAUGUUCCUUCCGAACAGGACAUUCAGGCACUCAAAACUGGGAAUGGUUUCUCAACAAGUGGAGAAAAUAACAAAAAUGCCAAACCGAGUGAAGCUGGUUCAGCUUUUCCUCUUCGUCCGUAUAAAGGUGGUGCAGAUUCAGCUAUCCAUUCAUCAAUUAACCAGAUUAAUCUGACAGAUCCAGCAUAUCCCUGGUCUAAAUUUGAUAAAACUGGAUACAUACAAAAAGAAGGCACAGGGGCUAAGUCAUCUCUGCUCCCAAGUAAAAGGAAAAGCAGCACGCUUGGUUCAAAGAGUAAACGCCUACGGAUUAAUAAUGAGGACUCCAUGGAGCUCAAGAUGACAUGGGAACAAACGCAAGAACUGCUCCGUCCUCCUCCAAAUUAUGUUCCUACUAUUGUGGUGAUUGAAGGCCAUGAAUUUGAGGAAUAUGAGGAGGCACCGGUAUUGGGAAAACCUACCAUUUUCACAACCAAUCCUGCAGGUGAAACUAAUCAAUGGGCUCAGUGUGAGGAUUGUUCAAAAUGGCGCAAACUGCCGUUGGAUGCACUUCUGCCUGCAAGAUGGACAUGUUCUGGUAACUUAAUGGAUCCUAAAAGGUCUUCAUGUUCAGCAGCACAGGAGAUAACCACAGAACAGCUUGAGGAUCUGCUCCCUCCUACUGGUCGUUCGAAGAGAAGCAAGACCAAGGAGGAAACUGAUGCCGUUGAAGCAGCAGAGGGCCUUGACACGCUUGCCAACCUUGCUAUUCUUGGUGAGGGUGAGGCUCUCCCUCCUUCAGCCCAACCCACCACAAAGCACCCUCGCCAUCGUCCUGGUUGUACAUGCAUUGUCUGCAUCCAGCCCCCAAGCGGCAAGGGCCCCAAGCACAAGCAAACAUGCACUUGCAACGUCUGCCUGACAGUCAAGCGUCGCUUCCGCACUCUCAUGCUGCGGCGCGAGAAACGCCAGUCGGAAAAGGAAGCUGAGAGGAAGAAGCAGCAGUUUCAGUCAACUGAAAAACCAGAGCAAGAGGAUGAGCUGGCAGGAAACAAAAGCAAUGGCAGUCCAAGCCAGAAAACUGCUGCAAAUGGAGACGACGAGGAUCCCAAUAGAUGGAAGUCAUCUUGUUCUCCUUUCAAAGGACGGAUCGAUCUGAACAUCCAGCCUGAGCGUGAGGAAGAGCCAUCACCAGUGUCAGAUUCCGGAGGCAUGAUGCAGUUGCUCCGAGAUGCCACCGAGCAGUGUCUCAAGCAGCAGAGGUUGGGGACUCCUGUUGGGAAUGGGGAGCCAGUCAUCAAUCAGGUAGAGCCAAGCAGUGGCACUGGAGGAGAAAGGCCCAGCGUUGGGCCCCACAACAGUGGCCAUCCUGAUGCUGACAAGGACCGUCCAGUCUCUAUAUCAAUGACUGUGUCAGCCUCAACGUCAGCAACAGGCUAGAGGAACUCCAAUGUACAUGCCAUGUCAGCUCGUCGGCCAAGCAAGGACGGGCCUCUUGUGUACAGCUCACAUCAGCAGCAUCCAUUCAGCUUCAUCUGCCAGCACGGCAAGCGGCCUUCCCUUGUUUAUGUACAUCAAAGAGGCAUGACUGGAUUAGGGUCGGAGACUGGGGGAAUGACACUAAAUAGCUGGUGGAACUGGAAUAUGGUGGAGCCCUCUCUCCACAGUGCAUGUUGCAGGCUGAAAAAUCAAUGGGGGGUGCCAUUUAGUUGCCUGUAGUAUGACAGACGGUUCAGAAGGCAGAUCAAUCAGAUGAGCAUGGCCAUUGAAUCAGCAGGGCCUUCAAAGCAACAGUGGAAUACAAAUGGCCACCUUCUAGAUUCACAGUGGAAAGUUGCGUGAUCAUCCAGUAAGCUUGGAUUUUGAAUUCUCAGACAGCCAUGGUAACAGUCCCCCAGAUGGAUGGUCCUGAUUGAUACAUUCCUCUGCCAUGUUUACGGUGUGCAGAGGGCUGUGCUAUACAUCUCUUAUAUUCCUGUUCCACCACCUCUGCCUCAUCCAUCUCCCAGCGGUCAAGCCCUCAACCUGAUUUUCUUUCUCAGCCAGGGUCUCACUGUAGGAUAGAAGGCAGGGAUUGAAGCUAUAAUUUUUGGAUGCUGAUCUUGCUGCCUUACUAGUUCUUGAAGCAGCUGAGGAUGUAUUAUUUUACUUGCAUUGUUUUCAUCAGUAAAAGAAGUUGAAAGAUGUUCCAUUCGUGUGCA